GGCCCACCAGGUGGGCGGGACCCGCCUACGUCGACUGUCAGACACGCUUCCGGCGCGCCCAAAAUUUAGGGGAGUGGUACACCCAUCAUCAGCUUUCAACCUCACCGGCCGUCCUCUUGUCUGCGCAUGUCCACGUCAAAGCCUCUCACAGCACCAACCCUCUCGCCCACCCGUUUCCUAGCUUUGCACGCCCUUCGUGACCCCACCACCCUCGCGAACCACCCCCAAAGGCUCGCAUCUGCCACCUCCUUUUGACGGGCAACAGACCGAACGAGAAGAGGAUCGCAGCCGUCCAGAGUCACCCCAGCCUCCCACCCCCGGCUGUAUCUGGUGACUUUGUCGCGUUCCCGCUCCCCCCCCCCCCCGAGGUGCUCCUCUCGUGCGAUGGACUAACCUUGCCCGUCACACAAGAGUCUCGCAUCAGUGUGGGCGGACACAGGCAGUACCUCAACCGCCUCGACUGCCAGAGGGACAAGAACGGCGAUGGCAACUCUGCACUCGAACGGCGGCUUUGGCUCUGGCGGUGCAAACGGAGCAGCACACGGCCAGGGCGACCCCGGCUUCAACCCCGGUGCCAACGGCGACAUCGUCCCCAGGAUCCUCGCUGCCCUCGAGGUGGUCUACAACCCGAGAUCAGCAAAUCAGUCCCGCAUCGAAGCGCAAGCUUUCCUCGAGCAGGUCAAGUCCCUGAAGGAGGGCCCGUCGCAUGGCUUCACCCUCGCCUCCGACAAGGCGCAGUCGCCCAUUGUCCGAUACUACGGCCUUUCGCUCCUCGAACACUCCAUCAUCCACAAAUGGGCCGAGUACGACGACCAGGAGGCUGCCUACCUGAGGGGAUGGGUGCUGGAGCUCGCCCAGCAGGCCUCGAGGGACGACCCCCAGUACGUCCGGAACAAGAUCGCGCAGCUCUGGGUUGAGGUCGCGAAAAGGUGCUGGGGGGCCGAGUGGAUGGACAUGGACCAGAUGCUCAUGCAGCUCUGGCAACUGCCUGGGUUUGGCGUGCACAAGGAGUUCGUCUUGUCCGUGCUCGGCUCGCUGUCCGAGGAGGUCAUCGGCGGGGACGACCCCAUUGUCGCCGUGCGCGAGAAUGUCCUGGACAAGGCUGUCGUUGACAUCUUCAUGCCCGUUUCUGUGCUGGCCGAGGACUUCCCCAACCGCGAGGCCGGCCCGCCCGUCCGCUAUGGCUCCGACGGCUGGCUCCAACGGGCGGUCAGCCUGCUCGGCGAGGCUUUGGCAUCUGACAUACAGGGCAACGAGGAGGUGCGGUCGAGCGCUGUCAAGGCGCUCGGGCUGCUGACCAUCGUCCUUCCGUGGGCCUUCCCGAAAUCCGUAAUCGCCGCGAGGACUGUUCACUAUCUCUACGAGGGCCUUGUCGCGCCUCACGUCGCUGUCCAAAAGGCGACCCUCGAAGCCCUGCAUGCGCUUUACUCCCGGAGCAACUUUGGCGAUGAGCAGUUCUCGGCCCUGGUCUUGCCCAUGUAUGACAAGCAAUGCGUCGAGCGCUUCUCCCAGCUGUUUGCGUGGUCUACAGUAGACGCCGAUGACAUUGACGACGACAAGUACCUCUUCGCCAAGAAGUUUUCAGAAACGAUAUCUCACCUGGGCAACUACCUGGACAGGAAGUUCAGCUUGAUCCCCUCGAGUGCCGACAUCCAGCCCUUCCUCGAGUUCCUGCUCCAGGUCGUCCAGAGCCAGAGCCUCGUCGUUUCGAUACCAGUGCUCGUCACCUGGACCAGGCUGCUCAGCCACAGGGCGCUGGGGCCGUCGAUAGUCAAGACACGCCUCGUCGGGCCAUUGCUGGAGCUGUGCAGCGCCAGGCUGGUCCGCUACGAGAGCCUGCCGGAGGAGACUUCGGACCCUACGCUGGUCCUCUUGAUGGAAGAUACCGACACGAUCCCGGAGCGCCAUGCCUUCCUAGGGAACUACAGGCGCUAUAGCUCUCAGGUGAUCGAGAGCAUCGUGGAACUGACGCUCUCGGAUGCCAUCAACUACAUCCUCGGGCAGACCGACACUGUGUUGCAGCACCUCUACGACGGGCAGCCGCCGACCAACCCGGCAAACUAUGUGAAAAGCUCCAUGGCCUAUCUCCGUGUCGAUGCACAGUUCACCGUGAUAGAGUCCGCGCUCAAGGGCUACGUGAGGUCAAGACCGCCCAAGGGUGCCGACCUGCAGCAGGUCGAGGCGCAGAAGGCACAGCUGGACGAGCACCUUGAGGCGUGGUGCAACCGGCUGAUCGACAUGAAAUUCGAAGACCCGCUGAUCCAGAAGCGACUCCUGCAGCUCUUGGUUGCCUUUUCCACAACCGCCUUGAGGAAGAACAACGGGUUCAUGCUCAAGGUGCUGGAGCACAUCCUGAUGACCUGGCCCGCGACCCACCCCGAGCACAGGGCGUUCAACGAGGCGAUCAAGGAUCUCCAGGCCGAGAGCCUGAACGAGCUCCAGCGGCUGGCCUUCAAGAUGCCGGACAACCUGCUCGGCGUCUAUGACCAGCUCGAGGCCAAGAUCAACGAGAUGAGCGCCUCGGGGACGCUGGACGAGCGGAGACUGGUUAAUUACAAGACGUUUCUUUUCAUCAUCAUCCAUCGCGCCACCAACAUUGACCAGUCAACCCGCAUCCAGCGGCUGCAGGCCUUUGUCGAGCCGGUCAAGGCCCAGUGGAGAGACGAGAAUCUGAAGCGCGCCCUUGCAUCAUACGAGGGCUUUUGCGAAAUGACCGGGCUCGACAAGGCGCAGAGAUAUCUGGCCAGCCACCGCGUCGAUCAGAUAUCAGACUGGGGAUCUGUCGAGCUUGACGCCGAGGGCGCUGCCCUACAGGCUGAGCUGGAGGAGCGACAGCAGUUCUUGCCCCUGCGCGCCACAAAAUCCUUCCUGAACUACUCCGUCGACAAGCUCGAGAAGUCCUCGCCGUCAUACCAGGCGUCGUGUGCCCUGUGGCAAGACAGCUUCCCCAUCAUACUCCCUGAGCUCCUCCAGUUCCUAAGCCAUGCGCACGCGUCCGCCAACCCCAGCAACUGGACGCUGCUGCCCAGCGAGAUGCAGUCCAUCGUCGGCCGGGUGCUCACGGACAGAUUCUGGCAAGCCGGCAUUUCUGAGGGGAGCAAGGAUGAUUUCUACGCCAGGGUGAUCAACAAGAAGAACACCCUGGAAGGCCUGGCAUCGUCCAUCCGUGGCCAGAUCCGCUACAUCCGCGAGUUCUGCUACUCGGUCAUCUUCUGCAUGAGCUGCCUCGAGCAGCAGUUCUACGGGUUCGAGGAGCUCCCGAACCCGCUGGCCCACGCCCUGUUCGCAGACUCCCACUGCCUGUCCCCCCACCAGCUCAUAGCUCUCCUCAACCUGGUGAGGCUGCUGGUGGACAUGUGCCCUGUCGAGCUCCGACAUCACUUCCUGCCACCGAUACUGGCGGGCUGCUUCCAGCGGAUGGACGCAAAGAUCAAGUCGGAGUGGGACAAGCUGGAGCAGGCGGGGAACAUCCAGGCGGCUGCGGACGAGCUGACCGAGGAGAUGAAGGCGGAAAGCGUCCUGCGCCAGCUGACUUACUCUGCGGUCAUGAUGGUGGCGGACUUUCUGGACCCCGCGAGGCUGGACGCACCCCCAAAGAACAAGUCCCAACCCGAACACGGGGCUGAGCAUGUCCCUCAACAACCUUCCCUGCGCAAAUUCUGCUUGAUGAACUCAUCCAUCAUCGAGCCGCUUCUGGUCUUUAUGGCCCACGCCAUCGUCAUGCAUGACGGCAGGUGUUGUGGGGUUGUGCUUCGGGUGUUCCGCUCAAUAAUACCCGAGUUCCGGAGCAUGAACGCGCCACAGGCGGAGGCGGCGCCCAAGCAUGCAUCCACUGCUGACAACUUCCCCAUUCCCGAGGACACCGCGAAUGCCGUGAGGGAGUUUAUCUCGACGGACGUUCUGAAGGCGUGUAUCACGUCGCUGCACGACCCGUACUUUGUGGAACUCCAGAGGGAGCUUGGGAACGUCAUGGCAGCGAUAGUUUCCAAUUACAGCCCGGUCACACAGACGCCACGGGAGGUGCUGUGCUCGCUCGGUAGUAUCAAGCAUGGGGAGGUUGAUGGUUGCAUCGCCAACAUUGCCCGCGCGACAGCCAACCCCCGGCAGCAACGCGGGCACAUCCUCGACCUGCUCAAGGAUCUCAAGGGGGUGAGCAUCUCGGAGAUGGGCAAGGUGCAGAAGAGCUCUGACCCCUCGGUCUUCAAGAAGAAGUCGUCAGGCCGCAGCAAGAUGGCCCAGGAGUUCAUGACCGCCCCAGCCUCGAACGGCAGGGCCCCGAGGCGGGACUCACCGGACCUCAGCGGGGUUGCGGGCCUGUUUGACAGCUGAGGGCCGUAUCCGGUUUCGCACGUGGGGGAUUGGCGAGAGAAGUGGUGUGGGAGGGGCCAGGGGCGGCCAGGGGCGGCGACUGUCGUCUGAAUUUCCUCGCGCGCCCUCUGCCCGGGAAUCUCUACGUAGCGAUUUGUGUAGCUAAUUUUACAGUUGGCAGUGCUGGCGACUGUGCCGUCGUCGGGACUCCGAGCCAACCUUCUCAGCGA